AUGAAGUUCAACACAGGGAAGUGCAAAGUCCUGCACCGGGGUAGGAACGACCCCGUGCGCCAGUACGCGCUGGGGGCCACCCAGCUGGAAAACAGCUUGGCGGAAAAUGCCCCGGAGGUGCUGGUGGACACCAAGUUGAACCUGUUAGGUGACUACGACAAGGUGAAGGCGGUGUCCGAAGGCUCCGACUGUCGGUGCAAAUGCCUGGUCAGACCCCUGGGCCGCGGCGCCUGCCAAAGGAUUAACGAAGGUGCUUUCAAAGCGGAGGACUUCUACACGGUGGAAACCAUCACGUCAGGACCCAGCUGCAAGUGUGCAUGUGUGGCCCCCCCCUCGGCGCUCAAUCCUUGCGAGGGGGACUUCAGGCUGAAGAAGCUGCGGGAGGCAGAGAGCAGCGACCUGAAGCUGUCCUCCAUUGUCGAGAUGCUGGAAAGUGCCUUUUAUGGCUUGGACCUUCUGAAGCUGCACUCGGUCACAACCAAGCUGGUGGGUCGGGUAGAAAAGCUCGAGGAGGGCAUGUCCAGGAACUUCACGCAGGAAGGCCACCAGGCAGGAGCCAACAUGAAGGAGGGUCUGCAGGAUCCCCACCGCAGGGACAGGGAGAAUUGCUCCAGCCUCAUCACCAACAGCCUUGCUGACAUUGAGAGCUCGCUGCAGCGGGACGCCUGCCCAGCGUGGGGACAUCCUGGCAAAUAUGAAGAAAGAUUCCUGAAAGAUGAAACCAUCUCCCAGCAGAUCAACUCCGUUGAGUCCCUCCCGGAGCUGCACCUCACUCCAGAGGAUGAGAAGCCCAAGCAGCUCUUGCAGAGGAAGCUGCGUGUAAGGAGCCGGCCUCCUUCUAAGCCCACCAUUGUCCGAGGGGUCACCUACUACAAAGCCCAGUCCACCGAGUCGGAGAAUGACAUUGAGGAGCAACCGGAUGAGCUGUUCAGCGGGGACAACACGGUGGACCUGCUGAUCGAGGACCAGCUCUUGAGGCCCAGCAGCCGGGCGGGUGAGGGCGUGAGGAAGCCCUCCCCGGUGGGAUGGCCGCCCACUCCCGGCAGCGACCCCACCACCCCACCGGCCGCUGACACUGCUGCAACGGCCACGGUGCCCCUGUCCCCCACGACGCCUGCCCCGGCGGGGCUGGUAGAGGAGGGGACCCCACAGCUACCAGCAGCCUUGGCCAGCACAGUGGUGGCCACAGCCACGGAGACCCUGCCCGCAGCCACCAGCCCUGUCCCCAGCCCUGCCAUGGCCACCACUGCCGGGACCUCGAGUGACGUGGGGACGAGCCCUGCACUGGAGAGCAGCCCAGGAGCUUGGGGACAGGUGAGCACCCCUGCAGCGCCGGUCAGCCCCACCAUCCCUGCCACACCGAAGCAGGCCCUGGAGGAAGAGGACAUCAGGAACAUCAUCGGGCGCUGCAAGGACACGCUGUCCACCAUCUCGGGGCCUACCACCCAGAACACCUACGGGCGCAAUGAGGGUGCCUGGAUGAAGGACCCCCUGGCCCGGGAGGAGCGGAUCUAUGUCACCAACUACUACUAUGGGAACACGCUGGUGGAGUUCAGGAACCUCGACAACUUCAAGCAAGGGCGCUGGAGCAAUUCCUACAAGCUCCCGUACAGCUGGAUUGGGACGGGGCACGUUGUCUACAACGGCUCCUUCUACUACAACCGGGCCUUCACGCGCAACAUCAUCAAAUAUGACCUGAAGCAGCGGUAUGUGGCCGCCUGGGCCAUGCUGCAUGACGUGGCCUACGAGGAGUCCACCCCGUGGCGGUGGCGGGGCCACUCGGACGUUGACUUUGCCGUGGAUGAGAACGGCCUGUGGGUCAUCUACCCGGCCAUCAGCUACGAAGGCUUCAACCAGGAGGUGAUCGUGCUGAGCAAGCUGAAUGCGGCUGACCUCAGCACCCAGAAGGAGACCACGUGGCGGACGGGGCUGCGGAAGAACUUCUAUGGGAACUGUUUUGUCAUCUGCGGGGUCCUGUACGCAGUCGACAGCUACAACAAGAGGAAUGCCAACAUCUCCUAUGCCUUUGACACGCACACCAACACGCAGAUCAUCCCCCGGUUGCUCUUUGAGAAUGAGUACGCCUACACCACACAGAUAGACUAUAACCCCAAGGACCGCCUGCUCUACGCCUGGGACAAUGGGCACCAAGUCACCUACCAUGUCAUCUUUGCCUACUGAGACCCCCCGCCACAGUGGGGCACUGCGAGCCAGAGGCCACCAGCACCUUUUAUUAUUAUUUUUAUUGUUAUUAUUGUUAUUUUGUACAAAUCAAAGAGUAAAUGAUGGGUUUUGUUUCAAGCUGUUUUUUUAUGGCGGAUUGUAGACCGAUCCCCAGGCCAGAACCACGCCCUUCGUCUUUGCUGUAACCUUGCUUCUGCUUUUCCUUCCCACGCGAAGGAGGUCCAGACGUGGUCCUCCUGAUGAGGUUUUUAGCUAAAGAUUAUCAGCAAGAGACUUGGUGGAGGAAGUGCACGUCCCAUGGGAAUGUCCUGUCCCUUGGGACCAUCUUCCCAGACCUUUGGGGAUCCUGCUGUACAAUGGGGCUGCGAGCACAGCUCCAGCAGCCCCUGGUGCUGGCACUUACGCUGAGGACUGUCCCUUCCGGCCGGGGCUCUGCCCUUUGCAACUUCUCUAGGGGGGCAGGGCGCACCCUGAGCCCUGACUCAUGUCUGGAGCGAGCUGGCGGUGGGAGAGGGACACUGUAAAUACGUGUAGAUGGCUUUUGUUUGUUCAUUUUGUAACUCAAAAUA